AUGGAUUCAGAAAGUCUUUUCAAUGUGAAGGGCAAAGUGGUUCUGGUUACAGGCGGAGCUAAGGGAGUCGGUCGCAUGAUCUCUGAGGGCUAUGUAACGAACUUCGCCACUGUCUAUAUAUCGUCACGCGAUAGCAAGGCAUGUGAGCAGGCGGCUAAAGAGCUCAAUGCACUUGGCAAGGGCAAGGCAUAUGCCAUCCCGGCCGAUUUCUACAAGCACGACGAUGUAAAGAAGCUGGCCGAGGAAUUGGGAAAGCGAGAGAGCAAGCUCCAUGUCUUGGUCAACAACUCCGGCUCUAAUUGGGGUGCUUCCUACGGCGAAUAUCCCACCGAGGCCUGGACUCGAGUCCUCACCCUCAACCUACAACGUGUUUUUGAUCUAACCCAGCUGGUGACUCCUCUUCUAGAGAAGGCAUCUUCUUUGAAUAACCCAGCCCGAGUCAUCAACAUUGGUAGCAUUAAUGGCCUUACUGUCCCGGCACUUGAGAACUAUGCCUACAGUGCCAGCAAAGCCGGUCUGCAUCACCUAAGCCGAGUGCUGGCCAAUCACUUGGGCCAAAGAAAUAUUACUUCCAAUACCAUCGCAUGCGGUCCCUUUGAGAGUAAGAUGAUGGCUGCUACGCUCAAGUCAUUUGGCGAGACAAUCAAGGCUGGAAUUCCACUUGGCCGAAUUGGAACACCCCAGGAUGUGGCUGGUACUUGCUUAUUCCUGAGCAGUCGAGCUGGUGCCUAUGUGAAUGGUGCAACUAUCACUGUGGAUGGGGGUAGCGCCGUUGCCGCAAAGCUCUAA